GCUCUGCCUUAUGUCGCCUUGCUCAUUGUUCUACUCUUUUUUAUCUAUGCUGUUAUUGGUAUGCAGGUGUUUGGAAAAGUUGCAUUGGACGAUGCUACGCAAAUUCAUCGAAAUAACAACUUCCACUCAUUCUUUGCUGCUGUUUUGGUUUUAUUCAGAUCAGCAACCGGUGAAGCGUGGCAAGAAGUAAUGCUGUCCUGUUCGGAUCGUGAAGAAGUGCGUUGCGAUCCGCUUUCCGAUGACUAUAAACGAGAUCGAGAAGCACGUUGUGGAGUGAAUUUCGCCUAUCCUUACUUCAUCUCCUUCUUCAUGCUUUGCUCAUUUUUGGUCAUCAAUCUGUUCGUGGCUGUCAUCAUGGACAACUUUGACUAUCUGACUCGUGAUUGGUCAAUUCUUGGCCCACAUCAUCUCGAGGAGUUUGUCCGAUUAUGGUCCGAAUACGAUCCCGAUGCUAAAGGUAAGGCUAGAAACCACCUUUCACCUUUUCUCGGCACCAGCAGCAUCUAUUACCGAUCACACUCCAGAAGUCUCCCUUUAAAGGAAAAUAAAAAUGAGUUCCAAGGGUUGAAUUAG